CAACCCUGUUUCCCGUUGUGGAAACGGAGGGCAGGGAAGGCGGGCUGUGGUUUCUGAAAUCAGCAGCCUCCUAUCUCUGUGCCAUUCUCUGCCAGGGCCAGCGCCACCCCUUAACUUGAUAUCUGUUUACUUUAGAGGAGGUAGUUUUGAGAAACGUCAUAAAUAUCCUGGCCGGGUGCCCCAGGAGCCACGACAAGCAGAACACGCCUGCCCAGAGAUAGCCGUUGUGAUAUUUGAAUGUGCAGGUUAAUUUUUUAUCCAAUUUAGUAACCGGAUUGUUUUACUCUUCUGUUUCUUUGCUUUCUUUUCCGCUCUGAAGCUGCAGGCACAGAAAUCUCCGCAGACAAAUUACUCCGUAGCACAUUGCCGGACAGGCCUGUGCAGCUAAAUUCACAGCAUCUGGAGCCUGACCCACUUCCGACAUGGCAGGUGUGAGUGGCUGCAUAAAAUAUUCUAUGUUUAUCUUCAACUUCUUGUUCUGGCUGUGUGGUAUCUUGAUCCUGGCAGUAGCAAUCUGGAUACGAGUCAGCAAAGAUGGUCAAGAGGUCCUCACCUCUGGGGACUCUGACGCUAACCCCUACGUGGCUGUGAACAUCUUGAUCGCGGUGGGCGCCGUCAUCAUGGUUCUGGGCUUCCUGGGCUGCUGUGGCGCCAUGAAGGAGAGCCGCUGCAUGCUCCUCCUGUUCUUCAUAGGCCUGCUUCUGAUCCUGCUUCUCCAGGUGGCAGCCGGCAUCCUGGGGGCCGCUUUCAAGUCUCAGACUCAGCGCAUUCUGAAUGAGACCCUCUAUGAUAACGUGAAGCUUCUGAGCACAGCAGAUGAAAGUGGGAAAUCCUUCCAGGAAGCUCUGAGUGAAUUUCAGGAAGAGAUGAAGAAACGGUGGCACAGAGAGGUUUCGGUGAUGUGGGUAACACGGUCACCCAGCCAGUAUGGGGAGGUCCUUUUGCUGUCCUGGCAUGCGAAUGCGUCUGAGGCUGGAAAACCACCCCGUCUUGGUUCUAUUCUCAUCAGCAAUUUUUUUCCUACCCUUCUGCAUGACGAGUUUUCUCCCUAAUGGAGAAAAUAGGACAUGAUGAGGCAUAACUGCUUCUCUCUUUCGUCUAAUAAUAUUACGUGCCAUCUACCCUGAGUCGCUGGUCUUAACACUUCCUUGUUUUUCUUCCCCAAACAUGACCACAAGUUCCUGUAGUGUUUCCCCAUAUUUCCGUUUAUUCUGGCCCCUUCCUGACGUUAUUCAAGAGUUUCAUCCUCAUUUGCACCCCUUCCCCCAUUUUGCAGCUGUCCAGGUAAAAGUCAAUCUCACGGGGGCCCACUAAGCAUCUUCUUUGCCCCUGAGAUGCCUCGAACCCUCUUCUCCGUCUCUUCCAAAAGUCAUCAAAGAUCAUGAGAUGGAAUUUUCAUUUUUUAAGCCUCUCAUCUCUUUUGAGCAAAAGUUCUUCGAAGAGACCAUGACUCUGUGUCAUGAACUCUUUGGAAGCUUCUUUCCUAGGAUCUAGGAUACGUAGAUUGGAUUCUGCCCUCUCUUUUGUCAUUAAAAACUGGCAGGUAAGUUUUUUAUCUUCUCGCCAAGUUCCUCACACUUUUGCAUCUGCAACCCUAUUUUCCUUCAUCAAUAUUAAGAACAAAAUGGACGAUUCCUUCAUUUUUGCUUCUACCUUCAGAGAGGUGGGUGAAAAGAUUUACACGAUAUUUUAGUAUAAAAACUUCUUAAUAGUGGUUUCAGAAGAAUAUGAGUGAAUGUGUUGACAAUGUUUUUAUCUUCUUUAGUGAUACCUUUUCAUAUCUACUUUUCAUC